UUUCGUAUUCCGUCCACUUGCCGUUAACUGUGGUUAACUGUUGCCUGUACUUUACAGCGGCCCAACGCGAGAAAUUUCAAUAAGUAAAGUUACAAACGUUCAUUAAAAUUCAAGUUAUGCGAGGUAGGAUAGCCGCUAAGCCGGAGUCGUUUGGUGUCCCAUAGUCGCGAGCUUCUCUUCUCCCUCUGUUUACCUGACGUCAUCAGAAUAAGUACAAAGCGGAAACGGCUUCCGGUGUCAACAUUAUGGUGAACUAGCUGCUUGUUUACUUUGGGGAAUAUUAUCCAAUUUUUAAAUACAUAUACAUUUUCAGAUGAAGGUGAUCCAGCACUCCGUGGAGAGGCUGCAAACAGCUCUGGUCUCCAAUCAUCAGGACUUGGCUAAACUCUACAGCAAGUACACAAAAGAAGAAAGGCAUCUUCUGGAGCAAGGAUUCCACCCAGGACAACCGGGUUCCCUGUUCCAACCCAUCACAGUGCACUCUGACUCAGACUGGAUUUCUGCUCACCCUGAGGAUUCUCAGGAUUUCCACAGCUUCUACAGAGACCCGUACCGCAAGACCCCCAAUGCCAGUCACAGUACUAUUUAUAUUCAAACCAUAGGUUCCUUUGGGGAGAUGGGGGCCCAGACAGACCAGUAUGUGGAGUGGCUCAGAGAAUACUGCCAGGCCUUCUUCUAUGGACUUUCUGUCAAGUUGCUGCCUGCGGUUACUGUAACUGAAACAGGAUGCUCUUUCAGGGUUAACAGUAACUCGCACAACCUUCAGAUCCUGACCGGUGACCUGCUAAGAUUCCUGGGGAAUAGGAAACCAAAAGAUGCUUUCUGUAUUUUUGGAAUCACAAUGAUUGACCUCUACCCCAAAGACUCCUGGAACUUUGUCUUCGGACAGGCAUCUCUCAGUAUGGGAAUGGGUGUUUUUAGCUUUGCCAGGUAUGAUGACAACUUCUACAGCAGAAGUUAUUCUGGAAGGUUGAAGAAAUCCCUUCAGCCAAAGCAGGGGGACUACUCUGUGUUUGAGGGAUGUUAUACUCCACCCAUUACCAGCACUCUCCUCCUUCGAUCCUGCAAGACAAUGACCCAUGAGAUUGGCCAUAUGUUUGGAAUAAAGCAUUGCCAGUGGUUGAACUGUGUCAUGCAGGGCUCCAACCACCUGGAGGAGUCUGAUCGCAGGCCUCUGGAUUUCUGUCCUAUCUGCCUUCGCAAGCUACAGGAUGCAAUUGGCUUCAAAAUAGCUGAAAGAUACAAGUUCCAGCCUUACUGCACUGGAUGGAGGAAGAUCAGAGUCAAACAUCCAGACCAGAGCAGGCUUCUGCCUGUCAGCCUGUGCAGCACUUUCCUAAACCCACUGAAGCUUUUCACACAUCCAGACUGUGGCUCCGCAGGUGCUUGGAUAUACUGGGAAACAACGACGAAUUAUAGUACUUGCCCAUAAAUCAGGGUAAGAUCAAGAAGUAAACACUUACAAACAGUUCUGACCCAUUCAUGUAUACCAUGCAAAAUUAACAUUUCUGCUGGGGUUUGAUUGCAGAACAGAAUCUUAAUUCUGUUUAAGACUGCUACACUCCAUUUCAUAUACAGAUGUUGUCUUAUUUCUCUUGGAGACUGCCAUGUAUGUAUUGAGUUUUGUUGAUUUUAAAAGGAUCUAAAAAUGUACAUGAGCAGUACAGACUCACCCUUUGGUCAUUUUUUUUUCCGGACUUAAAAGAGGAGUUCAUCUUAAUAUGUUUUUUUCAGU